AUGUGGUCCGAUGCGAAUGUGUCGAUCCAUCAAAAACGCUGCCAGAUCAUCUUCCUGAUGACCUUGAUGACCUCCUUUCUGGGCUUGUACCUCCCGUAUCGCUGCACCAGGCAGCGCGAGUGGCUGGUGAUGCCGACCACGAAUCUGGCGUGGGCCACGCUCCUGUCUGUGCUGGUGAAUGGCUCCAUCAUGGCAAUCGAGUAUGCCUUGGACCAGGCGGUGUACACCUUGAUCGGCGCGGUGGACCACUUCGUUCGCUUAGCCGUGGCAAUGACCGGCUUGGCGAUGGGCUUCAGCAUGCAGAUCUUCCUGGUGCAUUACAUCCAUGCGCAGGAGGGGGCAUCCUUGCGACGUUGGAGACGCGUGGUCUGGACCAAGAUGGCGGGCGUGCCGAACGCGCAGCUGGUGGAAUGUAACGAUCUGGCAGCGGCGUGCCCUGGUGACUGUGCCAUUUGCUUGGAACCUUUGGUUGCUCUUCCGGAGCAUCUGGCGCUCAGCCCAAUCCAUCGAAAGAGGGUGGGGCUCCCCAACGGCCCAGUUGAAGCUUCCCUGCGAGCACACGUAUCACGCCUCGUGUGCGGACGGAUGGAUGAUGCGCGAGGUGACCUGUCCGCUGUGCCGGGCGCCCAUUGGGAGCCUGAAGCGAUGUCAGAGGAUCUGCCUCCGACGUGGCGGCCGCGCCGAAGGCGGAGAAACGCCAAGCACAGUGGGAGCAGUGUCCAUCGAGAUAGCGGAUGCAGCCAGAGUUGA